AUGCCUUGCACGGUGACGUCCCUCCCCGCCGACAAGCCCAAGAUCGUGGCCUACGCCGCGAUGAUGGCCAUUCAGAACUUCGGCUUCUUCGUGGCAUACUUUCAGAUCUACCCUUCGAUUCCCAAACUCAAUUGGGGCGCCGAUGAACCCGAUGACUGCGACGACCUGCGCUUCUGGGUUGGUUUCUUCGCGCUCGACUGCUUCAUCGAGUCCUUCUGCUGCAUCUGGAUGGCGAUGGGGGGCUAUACCGACGACAAGUGCAUGUUCACAUUCGGCUGGAUCCUGCACCUUGUCGUCGCGCUGCCCUACUGCAUCUCCACCGUCGGCAUCCCCGUCGCCAUGUACUCUGAACAAGGCGAGAUGUGUCGCGAGGCAAUGGGCACCACGGGGUACCCGCUCGUGGCCGCGUACUGGACGCACUGUGGCCUCUUCAUGGUAUACGUGUGGAUGAUGCUCAGCAUCACCUACUUCUCGUUCCUCAAGCCGAGCUUCCGGAUGGAGAAGGCCUCCGCGGCCGUCCAGGACUGA